AUGGCCUCGACUCAGACGCCGGAGCAGCGCGAGUUGUCGCUCGUUGGGAAGGUGGAGAUGAGGAUUGCGCUUACAGACUCGGAUGCCAAACUCGAGACUACGUUGAAGACUUAUCUGGCACCACUCCUGCUCAAGCUGGCAUCGGAACAUCAGAGCGUACGGAACAAGGUCAUAUCAGUAUGCCAGCACGUCAACACGAGAGUCAAGCCGCAGUCAAUCCAGCUCCCUGUGCCGGACCUGGUCAAGCAAUUCAAGGCGCAGGAGAACCAGCUCGUUCGCCACUUCGACCUGUUAUACAUCCAGCAGGGCGUCGGUAGGCUUUCAAGUGGCGAGAAGGCCGAACUCUUGCCUGUGGUUGUCAAAGGGAUAGCAUCCUCUGGUAGCCAUGGUGCUCGUAUCUUCAACCUCUUCUUACGCCUUCUCGAGUUCUUCACGCUACCUCCGCGUGGAAGCAAGGACGAUCUGGAGCUGAGGGAACGGUUCGGCUUGUCGAGCGCAGACACCGAGUUCUUGGCAUCAAACAUUGGCAGGCUCCUUCUCUUCGUUCCACAGAAAGGUACAAGCACUACAUGCCCUGGCGUAACGCAGGAAGAGUACGCCUCCCUCAACCUGCACGGCAAAGACGAUGUAUGGAAUCCUUCUGCAGGCGGGCUCAAUCUCCAGCGAACCAAGGUUCUUGCUGCCAGGACCUUAGCGAGCGGGAUUUUCAACGACCAAGAGCGAUUCCUACCCGGACUCUUCGCCUCUUCGGACACUUCGUCAAAUAUCAGCGAUGUUGGAGAUGACAUUCUGAAACGAUCGACGCCCGCCAUAGACCUGGAGAACGAAGCAUUGAUCCAAAAUUUGUACGAUCUGUACUUUGGCACAGAGUCACGGCCACGAGUGCGAGCGCCUCUGCGGCUGAAGAUCUUAGGUCUGUUGAACAAAUCGAUGAGGAGCACGACCUUUGCGAACAAGAUCUCGAAGCUCGUAGAUGAUGGCAUUUCUGUACCGACGCUGGAUGGCGAGGACACCGUAAUGUCGAAUGGCACCAGAUAUCCACUGACGCUCAAUGGUGCUCCAAGCAUAGGCCGAGAGGCAGUGAAACUCCGUUCAGCCAUCUUCACCUACGUCAACUUUGUGGCUAGACAUGGUGCCUCAGAAACUCUCCACAGCAUCGCCAACGGAGUCAUCAGCCGCUUGAGAGAUUUCAUCGAUCAUCAAGGCUGGCCCAAGGUCGGCCCAAAUGAGGACCUGGUUUCAAGAGGAUAUGCUUACGAAGUGGUUGGUCUGCUUGCCAAAGCCGGGCCUAAGAGCCUUCUGGUGGAGGACGAGCAGCGCACACUGGACUUACUGCGUUGGAUGUUCACUUCGCUCGCCAAGGACUCGUCUGGAAGCUCCAUCGUUGUAAGCAUCGAAGAGUCUCUGUCGACGUUGCUGAGUGCUUUUGCUCGGCUGAAGCUUGAUGCGAACGAACAGGCUGUUCUCGAAGAUCUCCUGAUCGACCAGAUGGAACAGUCAGCGGAUCUGGCCGGCAAUCAGAGGAUAAGGAGUACACGCUAUGUAGUUGUCCGCUUUGCCAACCGCUGUCUGCCCUACGCAUCCGUCAAGGCGCGCUGGAUCGACGUCCUGGGCUUAGGAGCCACUACCGACAGGGCAGAAGUCAGAGAAGAAGCUGAGCGCGGACUCAGCCCAUACUGGUAUCGCAUGCUUAAUGGAUCUACUGGAGUACAAGAUCCUGGCAUGCCAUCACUUCCGUCCUUCCCAUCGGUCGUGGAUCACUUCUUCGGCGGUAGAACAACAGAGCGUAGCGCGGAGCCUGCGGCAGUUGCAAGAUAUGCUCACAAAGCAUACGCACAAUCCUUCCAACACCUGACCUCGUUUGCACGUCAUAUGCUACUCGCAGAGGCCUUGGAACAUGCGGGCGUUGCUGUCAAUGCUGACAGCGAAUGGGAACGGAAGCUGGACGUUGCCGUUGAAACCGACCCAAAGGCGCGAGAAGCGGUGCUAAGCUACGUGCAGAAGUCCACCAGUGCAUAUGGCUCUCAGCUGGCUAUCCUGCUCUACGCUCUAUUCGAGAGCCUGAUCGGGACAGUUGUCGACGCAGAUAACCAUCUGAUUGAGUUCCUGGCACUGGCGCCUGACAUUCUGGUCAAGACUUUGGUUCCCAGCACGCAUCUCCUUCUACCCAUACUGAAGACCAACAACUCGAAUCGCCGUGCAGCGGCAGCACAGACCUAUGGCAUACUUUCAUCCUACCCGGACUCAGAUGCGUCUUCUCGGCAGAAGGAAACACAGCAGCUUCAGGAUGUCAUAGGAGGCUGGUCAGCGGCGGUUGGCGCUGCAUCGAGCCAUGUCCAUGGUGCUCUACUUGCUCUUGGCUACUACUUCAGUCGAUGCUCUUAUCGGAAGCGCGAGGUGUCCCCGGCUGCACAGAGUCAGCUGUUGACGACACUAUUGGAAGUCAUUUCGGACUCCAGAGACAACAUGCUCAAGAACGCAAGCUACACUGCUCUUGGACAGCUCUGCAUGUACGACUGCGUCAACGUGGAGGCGAUUGAGGAGAAGUCCAAGCUGCGCGCUCUCAUCGACACCCUGUACAAGACCGCUAAAGAAGGCAACGAGGCGGCCAUUCUCUGCAUGGGCCAGCUCUCCAUGGUUUUGCCUGAAGAAGGCAGCGAAGGAAGUAAUCUCAGCUACCUCGUCGAGCAAUUGCGAAGGCUUCACGAGAUCAAGCAAGCAGAGGUUCACUUCACGGUCGGCGAAGCCUUGAGCUACGUGGCAACUGGUUGGGAAUCUGGAGCUCUGGCGACGAAACUGGACAUCGAAGGCCCGAGACCCAGCAGCUCGCAAAGGACCUCUACACUCUCGAAGCUAAUUGACCAGACUCUGAACGACUGCGCGAACACGAAGCCAGCGCUGAAGAAGGCCGCUGUGAUCUGGCUUCUGUGCUUGGUACAAUUCUGUGGUGAGGAGAAGGAGGUUCAGAGUCGAUUGCCAGCAUGUCAAGCUGCUUUCAAGCGGUGCCUAUCGGACAGGGACGAGCUGGUGCAGGAGACAGCUUCAAGAGGGCUUGGGUUGGUGUACGAGAAGGGUGACCGCAGCCUCAAGGACGACCUCGUCCGGGAUCUGGUCUCAUCCUUCUCAUCAGACAAACAAUCAGGACUCGCUGGCAACGUGUCGGCGGACACACAACUGUUCGAGCCAGGCGCUCUUCCUACUGGAGAUGGCUCGGUAUCGACUUACAAAGACAUCAUGAGUCUUGCCUCUGAAGUCGGAGAUUCCAGCCUAGUGUACAGAUUCAUGUCAAUGGCCUCCUCGAACGCCAUCUGGUCCAGCCGCGCGGCGUUUGGCCGGUUCGGCCUUAGCAACGUUCUCUCCGACUCUAGUGUUGAUGGAUACCUGGCCAACAACCCAAAGCUGUACCCUAAACUCUUCCGAUACCGAUUCGAUCCGAACGGUGGCGUGCAGAGGUCAAUGAACGAUAUCUGGAAUGCGCUGGUCAAGGACUCGUCAGCUACUAUAGAUGCACAUUUCGAUGCGAUCAUGGAAGAUCUGCUCACGAGCAUUCUUGGUAAAGAGUGGCGGGUCCGGCAGGGCAGCUGUGCAGCGAUCGCAGACCUGGUAUCUGGCCGACCACUUGACAAGUACGAACAGUAUCUGGAACGGAUCUGGGGCCAAUGCUUUAAGGUGCUCGAUGACAUCAAGGAGUCUGUUCGGGCAGCGGCAGCCUCGCUUGCGAGGACAUUGACUGGUGUAUUGACCAGAGCGCUAGAGGCAGACCACUCGUCCACGAAGAACGCAUCAGCGAUGCUGAAGCAUGUCCUGCCUUUCCUACUUUCGCCUCAGGGCAUGGAGUCCAGCGCAAAGGAGGUGCAGGCGUUUGCUGUCCACACUCUGCUCGAGAUCAUCAAGAAGUCCAAUGGCAGUACUUUGAGGCCGUUCAUACCUGAUCUAGUGGAACGGCUCAUUGGCUUGCUGAGCUCACUUGAACCGGAAGCCGUCAACUACGUCCAUCUGAACGCUUCCAAGUACAACCUCACCGAACAGAAAAUCGACGACAUGCGGUUGUCCAGUGUGCGAAGCAGCCCCCUCAUGGAGGCGAUCGAGCGCUGCCUGGACCUCCUCGACGAGCCCACCAUGCACGCUUUGCAGCCACGGUUAGAGAGCGCGAUGAAAAGCGCCGUUGGCCUGCCUUCAAAAGUCGGCUCAAGCCGUGUGUUGGUAUCACUCAGCACUCGCCGCCCCUACCUCUUCCGAGCAUUCGCAGACGACUACCUCAAAGUCAUCGAGAAACUCGUCAUCGACCGCAACGAAACAGUAGCAAGCUCCUACGCCAUGGCAGCGGGCUAUGUCGCCCGGAGCGCGUCCGACAAGCAGAUCCUCCGUACAGUCAACUUUGCCAAACGACUGUACUUCGAAUCCGAAGGCGACCGCGAAGCAACCGUCCCACGGCGUAGCAUCACUUCAGGAGAGAUCAUGUUCGCUCUCUCGAAACAUGCUAGUGACCGCUUCAACUCCCUCGCCUCCUCCGUGCUCCCGUUCGUUUAUGUCGGCCGCCACGACUCCAACGAGCAGGUCAAAGAGCAAUUCCAAAACACAUGGAACGAAUCCGUCGGCGGCUCUAGAGCGGUCCUGCUCUUUCUGGCGGAGAUUCUGGAAUUGUGUACCAAGCAUCUCGACUCGCCGCAGUGGGUGCUCAAGCACACUUCUGCGCGGACCGUGGCGGAUGCCGUGACGGCAGUUUCGACACUCGAGGCGAAAAUGUCUGAGAAGGUGGGGGAGCAGCUGUGGCCUGCGCUGGAGAAGGCUUUGGGCGGGAAGACGUGGGAGGGGAAGGAGGUGGUUUUGGGGGCGUUUGUGAAGUUUGUGGAGACUGGGCAGGCGUUCUACGUGCAACGAGCGGCUGUAAAGGAUGGCAUCAUUAAGAUCGCCGUCCGCGAAGCCAAGCGCCAGAACGCGGUAUACAAACCCCAUUCCAUCCAAGCGCUCGGGCAGGUCGCACAAGCCCGCAGCGACAUCGACAUGAGCGACACCAUCUUCGACAUCGUCGGUCCGCUUCUAGAAAGCGAGGUCGACGAUGAGGAUGCAAUGGAAAUCGAUGGCGGCCAGGCGAAGAAAGCCGGUGAUCUCUUGAUGGCCGCACACGUGGCAGCCAUCAACGCCUUGUGCGCUGGUGUCAAUCCGGCACUGUCUCAGGACGAUGCUGUAGGCAAGAAGUUGCAGAAAGCCUUCGACAUCGCGGCCAGAGUGAUCGCGACGCCAGCAGAUGUACGACGAGCCCUUUUCGACAGCGUCGCGAAAGUGUUCGGCCGGAUCCGUGAAGCUGGCAAGGGAGCGGAUAUUGAUAUGGAUGUCACGAGUCUGAAGACUAUUCUAUUCGGCCCGAACGUGGACAUCGAAGCUUUGCGCUUGCUCAGAGCCGAUGCGCUGCUUGCGAUUAGGAAGGCGGCGCCCGGCGUGAUCGCGAAGAUGCGCGGCGAGGUAGAGGAGAUUCGGGAGAAGGAGGUUUCGGGGGCGGUUCGAGAACGCUUGGGCAAAGCUACUGCCGAGGAGUAG